GGGGCACAGUGUGAGUGUUUGUCCUGUGUGGUGAGGAACAGGAAAAAGGACGAAUAAGGGUCGGUUGGUGGGCAGGUGUUAUGUCUUCCUUCCUUCCUGCCGUGACGGGGUAUAGAUCGCAGUUGGCGAAAAUUAGCAUUAGUUUUCAGUGUUUUUAAUUGCACACUUCAGUGUGCAAGUGCCCUUGCUGGCUUUGAGACCCAUCAAGGUGGUGGUAGUGCUACGAAAAGGACUCAAAAGUAUGCACUGUGUGUUUCGGUGCGAGUAGGGAAAUUAUGUAAAUCCGUCUUCGUCAGGACGGAACGGGAUCAACAAAUUCAAUGCACCUGGAGGAAAGUUCAUUGCUACAUGGGUGAAAGGAAGAAAUAAAAAAUGGUGGUCAAAACAAGUUGAGUGACGGGAGCAGAGCAGGACCAGGACUUUCGGAAGAAUAGUUUUCGCUGAUUCGGUGUGUAGUAAAGUGUUAUUGUUUUCGAAACCGUGAGGAUCUAGUCUCAUAAAUAAAUUUAAAGAGAGCAAACAAAACGCAAAAAAAUACAAACGAAGAAACCAACUUCGACCACUCUCGCGUCUAAGUCAACCAAAGUAUGGAGCAAUGCAAUAACGAUCGCCCCUGUGUGAUCAGCAGCGGGAACUUCUUCCCGCAGUCAUCGUCGGCAUCCUCGCCGAGCAACCACAACAACAACAACAACCACAACAACGGCAACGGCAGCAACGGUAACCACAGACAGAAGCAGCACCAGCACCCGCAGCAUCACUCGUCGCUCCAGCAUUCCCCGCCACCGAUCAGCCGACACCUGACGCAGAAGCAUGACCCGAACCUGCACAGCCCGACCGAUCAGUCCUCGCUCGGUGAGAUCGAGGUGAUUCUGGUUCAACAGCACAAGCAGGAUGCCCUGUCGGUGAUUAUCCAUCCGCAGGAGGGUAUGCAGCAGAUCAACAUGUGCUUGAGCGGUUCCGGUAAUCCGGGCUCGGUCGACUCGAUCAUGUCGUCGGACUUCCAAACCCUAUCGCCGAUGCACGAUCGCGAUUCACCCGUUAGCAUCAGUGCGAACACGUCGUAUGCCACGUUGACUCCGCUGCAGCCUUUGCCUCCGAUUUCGACCAUGUCGGACAAGUUCGCGUACUCCAUAGGGGGAAACAUCUGCGAGGCGUUCCCAGGGAUGAACAGCAGUUCCGUUGGGGUCAACAUCGAAAUCAAUUCCUGCUACAACCUGGAGAAACUCGGAGUGAUCCACUCGCCGGUGCACAUCAGUAGCGUGCAGGAAUUGUCACCGACCGACGUCCAUCACACGCUGGAUAAGAAUCACGUCCUGAAGGAUGCCAAGUUGGAUCACCAUCUAUCCGAUAAGGACGUGGAUGUGGUGGACGGGAAGAACGAGUGUAUCCUGGUACGUGCCUCUCCGAUUCCUUCGAAUCUCAGCUCAGUGGACGAUCGCUUUCUGACGUCGGCGGCGAAGUCGGAUCUUAGCCGUCAGAAGGACGACACCGACCAGUUCACCAGUACAGUGCAAUAUCUAGAUCAAGCGAGUGACUCGGAUGUGAUUCACGGCGGUGGUUUGAAUGGGCACGGCGGGGCCGUAUCCGGUAUCAAGAAUCACCAUUCAACCGUGUUUCUCAACAAGUCUUUCAGUUCAAAAGCAAACAUAAGCGACCUUAAUCUGUGUAAAGAAAUUGUUAUAGAUGAUGUUUACGAGGAGUCCGAGCUGGAUGACAAGAAGCUGGAGGACUCGUUAACCGGCGUCGGUCACCAUUCGCUGUCCAAUGGGGGUAGUGGUGGAAAGAACGGUGGCUGCGGCGGUAUCGGUUCGAUGGGUGACGUUGGCUGUCUGAACGGAGGCGGAGAUGUGGAAGAGAUCAACACGAAGGAGCUGGCACAUCGGAUCAGUUCGGAGUUGAAACGGUACAGCAUUCCGCAGGCGAUAUUCGCUCAGCGGGUGCUUUGCCGAUCGCAGGGUACCCUGUCCGAUCUGCUGCGGAACCCGAAACCAUGGUCGAAGCUCAAGUCCGGCCGGGAAACGUUCCGGCGUAUGUACAAAUGGAUCCAGGAGCCUGAGUAUCAGAGGAUGUCGGCGCUUCGGUUGGCAGCAACUCAAUCGGCGAAACCAGCAGUGAACGCGAAGAAACACGAGGAACCGGAACCGAACGUCAUGAUGGGGCACACGAAGAAGCCCCGGCUCGUCUUUACGGAUCUGCAGAGAAGGACGCUUCAGGCGAUAUUCAAAGAAACUAAGAGACCUUCGAAGGAGAUGCAGGUGACGAUUGCCCGGCAGCUGGGCCUGGAACCGACGACGGUGGGAAACUUCUUCAUGAACGCUCGGCGCCGCUCGAUGGACAAGUGGAAGGACGAUGCAAUGAAGGCGGCCGCAGCUGCGGCUGCAGCAGCACGAAACAAUGGUGGCGGUGGUGGUGGAAUCGGCAGCAACAAUGACGCGCUCGGUCUUGGCGGAAUGAUGGGUGUCGGUGGUGGUAGUAAUAGUAGUAGCAACGAUGAUAACCUUAUCCUGGAGCACCUUAAGGAUGACUCGUCGGACGAAGCACUCGGCGGUUAUGACAGUUCGUUCGCGUCCGACGGUGGUCCAAUGGAACAUAACUAUCAGCAGCACGUUCUCAACUAAAAGAAGAAGAAAAAGAAAGCAAAACGGUACUUUAAUUUAUUGAAACAAGCAACCAGAAGAAGGGGAGAGGAAGAGGAAAAAAGUGGGAAUACACACAAAGUAGAUCGAAAAAGAGGGGAGCAGAACUUAAAUUAAUUCACACGCAAAAAAACCAGUUAAGGAAAUGCAAGCGCUAGAUAAAUAAAACAAACACAACAAUAUAAGAAACAAAAAAAAACACACACACAUAUAGUAGGAUUAAUCAGAGUAAUAAAGGAAAAGAAAAUAAAAAAAACGUAGGUGUGUGGCUAUUCACGACAGCUUGUGAGAGACAAAAAGCAGAAGUACUUCUAAGGAUUAGUAGGUUUUCUUUGCAUUUUAAACCAAAUUUAAUUUAAUUUAAAUUAUUAACUGAAAAUUAAAACAAGUAAGGAAAAAAUCUAGUCUGUUCUUUCGAAAAAAAAUAAGUACUAAGACAAAAACUGUACAUGUACUGUAAAGUUGAAACCUAUCAUUAAAUGAUUUGAAAAACAGAA